AUUAAAGAAACACCACUCAUGAGAGGAAUGUAAAAGGACUCACUUCAAGGGAUCAACCCGAGCGAUUUUGAAUUCACCCACAAGUUUACGAAAUCAAUCACAAGCCCGAGAAGCAGGAUGUCAUCGCAGUCAUCAAGUCAACAAGCUUCCCUAGCAUCUGAAAGAAGACACCGAGAGAGGAGGCUCUAUGAAGCAUCGCUCGCCGGGUGUGUCGAGUCGUUGGCUCAUUUGCUGCAGGAAGACCGACUCAUCCUGGCUCGGACUUCGGUCACUUGCUUCGAUGAGACACCGUUGCAUUUGGCCUGCAUGCUCGGUCAUGUACACUUUGCCAAGGCUCUUUUGGCUCAUAAACAGGACUUGACUAUGGAGUUGGACUCGCAGGGACGUACGCCUCUUCACUUGGCAUCUGCGAAUGGGUACGUGGAAAUAGCGAGGGAACUGUCACAAUCAGACCCCGUCGCAUGCCUUGUCCUCGAUGAAGAUGGGAGGACCCCACUUCAUCUAGCGGUGAUGAAGGGCCGAAGUGACGUCGUGAGAGAGCUGGUCAAGGCAAGACCGGAGGCAGCCAUAUGCAGGCUGAGCCACGGCCAAACCGUCCUCCAUCUGGGAGCGAGGCAUAAUCGUUUGGAGACUCUGAAAGUUUUGGUGGAGAUGGUGAGAGAUGGUGAUUUGUUGAAUGCUCAAGAUGACGAGGGUAAUACAAUUUUGCAUUUGGCCACUGCAAACAAGCAAAUAGAGACCAUGAAAUAUCUGCUUCAAAGAAGUGAAGUGGAAGUGAACACAGUGAAUAGAAAUGGCUUCACUGCUCUGGACAUAGUGGAUCACUUUCCAAGGGACCUCAAAGUAAUGGAAUUGAGAGAAUUGCUGGUGCAUGCUGGAGCUGUAAGAGCCACAAUAUUCCCUGCAUCAACAACUCACCAAGCAGUUGAUGGUACAGAUGAGAAAAAUUCAACUGUUGACAUUGAACUCGCAUCUUUAGCACUUCCCUCCGCCAAUACUCCUCCGGUGAAGGCGGUGCUGGCACGGUCUUUGACAGGUGAAAUCAGGAAGCAGAAGGAAGACACCCACGAGAAAUGGAUCAAGAAGAAGCGCGAUUCUCUGAUGAUAGCUGCGACGGUGAUCGCAGCCAUGGCUUACCAAGCUGGCCUUAGCCCUCCCGGCGGCGUGUGGGACGAAGAUAAAAAUAUAGGCGGCGUCACAUACUGGGCAGGAACAUCGAUAAUGGCCGCAAACAAUCCAUACGGUUACCAAAAGUUCUGGACAUACAACACAGUCUCCUUGGUUGCAUCUCUUAGCACAGUCUUCUUGCUCGUAAGUGGCUUGCCCUUAAAGAAGAAGAUCUUAGUGUGGAUUCUGAUGGCCACAUCGUGGGCGACCAUCACAUUCAUGGCACUCACUUACCUUGAGUCCAUGAGGGCCAUCUCAUUUCUCCAGGACCGGCAUCCUGAAGAGCUGAGGCCAAUCAUAAAAGUGGUUGGCAACGCCAUGUAUGUUUGGCUCGGCGUUUUAUCGGGUGUUCUGCUAGUUCACACCGUUCGGUUCCUCAGGAUUGUCCUCCGGAUUGUGAAAAAUCCGCAAGAGCUCAAAGAAAAGAUAUCAGGGUUUCUGAGUCGGUGCAGAUCUAGGACCUUUUAUAAGAUCUAGUGUAUUUAUAUGGUGGGAUAAAGUAUUACUACAUAGUUUCGAUACCUGUAUUCUAUAAAACUUAAUCCCUACGUCAUAAUGUCAUUCGAGUACCACUAGUUAUGUGAAACAUUUAAUGAGACUACUAAACCAAA